AUGGCUAACAGCAGCCGAGCUGAAACGCUUCCGCCGAGCACAGUAUUGGCCCUCCCCGUUCCUCCUUUCGUUUCGACCGCGGAUCCAACAAAGCCCCCAAGGACGAAGGCGCUUCUAUUUUCCAAGCGCAAGACUAGCAGCGGAACCUCGGUGAUCCAAAAGCCUCCAAAGAAGCAACAAUUGUCCGGCAAGCAGAAGAAGACCCUCAAAGCGGAGUUCUCCAGCGUUCACUCAUCACAAGUAGCCACCGAGUUGUUCGAGGUCAAGAAGAAGGCUCCCACGCACGUUCGUGACACCAUCAAAACGGUCUUGGCGAAGGCCGCAGCCGCCGGCAAGAAUCCCUGA